CGUAUAGCAUUUAGAGCUGUGUUCAUCCAUUUUGGAUCGAAUUUCCAAAGAACGCGGUUUGUUAAUUGAAGUUUGAAACAGUUUUUGCCUUUCAACUCUGCGAACAAACCAAAGAAAGCCUCACAUCCCUAACUGACCAAUCUCCCAAUUUUCCAAAUCCCUUAAUCUCGAUCAAACUCCUCCCUCCGGAUCUUGUCGAUUCGUCUGAAACAAACCAAAUCCAUGGCUUCCCUUCAAUCCGACCAGCAGGUCAAGCAGCUGCACGACAUUUUCAGGCGUUUCGACAUGAACUCCGACGGCAGCCUCACCCAGCUCGAGCUCGGCGCUCUCCUCCGCUCCCUCGGCAUCAAACCCUCCGGCGAUCAACUCCAUUCUCUCCUCUCAAACAUGGAUUCCAACGGCAACGGUUCCAUCGAAUUCGAUGAACUCGUCAAUGCCAUUCUCCCCGAUAUGAACGACGAUAUUCUCGUCAAUCAAGAACAGUUGUUGGACGUCUUCAGAUCCUUCGAUCGCGAUGGCAAUGGCUAUAUCACCGCUGCGGAGCUCGCUGGUUCCAUGGCCAAGAUGGGACAUCCUCUGACCUACCACGAACUUUCCGAGAUGAUGCGGCAGGCCGAUACCGACGGCGACGGCGUAAUUAGCUUCAAUGAAUUCACCACCGUGAUGGCCAAAUCCGCCGCGGAUUUCCUCGGCCUUACAUUUGCGUAGAUCGAGUUCUUUCAUUCCCCUUUCUUUCUUUAGAUGUACAUAGUAAGAUAUAAUAACCAUUCCGAUCCAGCUUCUGCUUCUGAUUCUGAUUCUAGUCGGUGUUCAUCUUCGGUAAUCAAUUUCUUCAUAUGCUUUUUGGUGCACCACCAAAUUCAAACAGAGAAAGAGAGAAUCAAUCAAAACUUCACAACUAUGCUUGUUGUUUCAACUCUGUAUUUUAAAUUCCAACUUGCUUCCUCAACUUGUAUCUCCACCUCUUAUCUUAUUAACAUAAUAUUUGUAUUAUCUUUUAACU